AUAAAAUGAAAUUUUUCUGAAAUGAACGGUUUCAAUAAUUUUACUAUAUAUAUAUAAUAUAAAAAAGUAUAAAUUUUAAAGAUUAUGAAAUAAAUUUUUGAUAUUUUAUAUCCUUUUUAUGCAAAAAUUUUUUAUAUAAAAAAAAAUGAACAUUUAUAAUUUCUUUUAUUAUAAUUAAAAAAAUUAUUUUUCAAUGAUAUUCUUCCAAUUUUAAUCCAUGACUCAACAUUCUAUAUGAAAUGCGUCGUCCAUUUUCAUACAGUUUAAAUUAAUCAGUCUGAUGCAACAUCAGGGACAAAAUAUAACUUUGUUUUUAACAAUAUCUUUAGGAUUUUGAAUUCUUAUUCAAUUUUUCAUUUUAUUUAAUCUUCAUAUUCAAUCUUAUCCACAUCUUAAACGUAUCCAUCAUUUCGAAUAUAAAUUCUCGAAAUCAAACUUUCAACUUUAAAUUCGAUUUUCGAAUGAAAUUUAAAUUUCUCUCAAAGCAUAAUUUACAAAGUAAAAUUCAAAAUGCGCGAGAUUCAACCCUGUUACCGCCUAUCCGAUCUAUCGACCUAUCACUUGCCAGAAGUUCCCUCGACCAAUCAUUUUGUCGGAAAGUCAUAAGCUUCCGUGACGUAGUUAUUGCCACGCUGGCAGUUCAAUUGACAAUAUCGUGCCAUAAAUCGAACAUUUGCGCUAUCUUCGAAUAAAAUAAACAGUUUGUUGCAGUACUGGUGUACUGAAGCUGGCAUAUAAUAGUAAAAAUUUCUUGAUAUGCUUAAAAAAGCAUUAUGAGUGAUUUGAAUGGGCAUUGGACGUAAAUGUUGAAGGUAAAAAAUAGCAACCAAUUUCGAAAGGUGCUCUCUCACUCUCUUGGUGAGCAAUAAGAGCCUCAGGGUGGGGCGAAGAGGCCGAAUGUCUGUCCGACUGUCCGUGACGGGUUCCUUUCCUCCGUUAGUUGCCUGAUGCGCUUUAUUGUGUCUGAGUGUAACGUUGGUGCAGUGCCUAAAGUGUUUUUUUUUAAUGGAAACGUAGUGAUUGCAGUGCAUUCUAUGUAAUAAACAUAUACACGUAAAGUGUACGAUUGAUAACCAACGAGGGAUGUCGUCUACAGAUAUCAAUCUGAUGGAUUUCCUCUUCCCAAGAGAAGACGCUUUCCUAAAAGGCGAUGUUAAGGACGAGCCUUUCAUAGAUCAGAGCUACAACGAUGACGCCAUCACGGCGGAAGAAUGGCCAACCAAUCCAGACGAUUUUCUGGACUCUAUUUUCAAGCUGGAGGAUAAUCAAUUCGACUUGAUCGAUAAUGAUUUAGAUGCGAUCCCUUCUUCCUCGUCGGACAGCGGGCUGUCGAGUGCGCUGAGUCUCUCUUGCGAGCAACAAUUAAGCCCGCUUCUGCCGAUCGAGGAGGAUCAAAUGGAGAUGAGUAAUUCUGAGAUGAGCAGUCCUCAAAAUAUCAUGGAUUUUGAUUCGUUGGGCAGUCCUAAUCAAUCGAUGGCCAGUAUAGAUAGUCCUGUCAGAUCGGUGGUUAGUUCCAAUAUUGGUUCACCCGCCAUGGAUGUAGCCGAAGAAAUGGACGUGGAACACACCCUCGUGGCUGUGGUGAACCCGACUAACACCGUGGUAGAUGCUAAUACGACAAUUGUAACGGAGCAACCGGUUAUCGAUUUAGAGAAAACACCGAAGCCUCAACAGAUUCACGUUGCAUCUCCGGAAAAUAACACGAUAAAUGUGCGCAAUAUCACGUGCAAUGGGAAACGAAAUAUCAGACAAUUGAUACGCGUUACACCGAUGGGUUCCGGUAAUCCAAGAUCGAUCCUACUGCCAGUGAGCUUGAAAGACAUGAAAGAAGUGAGAACCAUCAAGAUCAUCAACGCCUCUCAGGCUAGAAAUCUCAAAGGGUUCAAGAUCAACCAGGCCAACAUCAUUAACAAACCAGUUCAGAUGAACAUCAAACAAGAAUUCAAAGAAGAUUCCAGUAGCGAGAAGGGUUGCAAUUCGAGCGACGAGGUUUCGGAAUCGGAUUCUCCGUAUCCGAGGCUAAAACUGAACGCGGAGGAGAAACGUCUGCUCCAAAAAGAAGGUAUCACCCUGCCUACUCAUUAUCCGUUGACGAAGCACGAGGAAAGGGAAUUGAAGAGGAUCAGGCGCAAGAUUCGCAAUAAAAUUUCCGCUCAAGACUCGCGGAAGAGGAAAAAGGAGUACGUGGACGGAUUGGAGGAUCGAGUGAAGCAGUGUACCGAGGAGAAUAUGACACUGUUGAAACGUAUCAAAGCGCUUCAGUCGCAGAAUCAGAGCCUGGCCGGCCAACUGAAGAGGUUGCAAGCACUGUUGCAAAAAGGGAACAAGAGCGCCCAGCCUGCCACUUGUCUAAUGGUUUUGUUGCUUUCGUUGGCCCUGGUCGCUGUGCCGAAUCUUCGGCCACACUCCAAUUCAAACAAUGAACUCACGCAAGAGCAGGAACAGCCGGAGAAAAUGCCACCUUUAGCGGGUCGUUCUCGAACGUUACUCUACACGAAACAGCUGAUGGACGAGGAAUUGCAGCAAUAUAGCGAGGAAUUGCUGCAGGAAGUGGAGGGCCUUUUGGAUCACGAUUACAGCCCUACGAUUCAGCCACCCCUCUAUAAACGUCCUCGCAUGGAUACGGAUUCUCCACCGAAAUGCAUCUUGUCUUCCGAUCAUAUCGGAGGAACGCUUUGUGGAAGACAGGAAGUCACGAUGAAAUCGAACAGGAAAUACAUCGAACCACCGUUAGACGAUGUUUGGCCACCACCGAAUCCAGGCGGGCAAAAGAAUGUCAAAAAGGUGGUGGAUAAGCUCGAAGCAUUGACCAACGAGCUGAAGAUUAAUAUUUCUGAUUCGGAAGGCAUGAGAACUGUCCUUCUAAAAGUUCCUCAGGAACAAUAAAUAAAUGGGAAAGAACCAAUUGUCACGAUAUUAUAUUUUUCUAUCAUUUGUAACCCUUUGCGAUUGGAUCUGUUUAUAUUGUUGAUACGUGACAUUUUUUGAAAAUAUUCUUGGAGAAGAGAAUUAUAAAUCAUGAAAUAAUCUAUUUAAAAAAAAAAUUUUUUUAAAUAGAAGUUCAGAAUAAUCAAAGGAUCUAGAGAUGAUUUAAAUGGAAUUUAAAAAUAAACUGAUAUACUUUUUUUCAUUAAUACAUGGUUAUUGAAAGUUUUCGAAGAUCCUAAAUUAUUUUGAACCAUGCAUUCUCUUUUAAUUCGAUCUCUUCUAAAUGAAAAAUCAUAAAGGGUUAACUAAUUGAAUAAAACACUCCGAUGAGAAACAUACAUAAAAGAGAAUAGAAUUCUGUAGUUUUUAAUUAAUUUUUCUGCGUGAAUAUUUUCUAGAGAUUAAUGAGAAUCCGUUCAACUAGCAUAUUUUAAACAAUCGGUCGAUAUUUUUCACUAGCAAUGGGAUUAGGAAUUUUCGUAUAAGUCUAUACUUUUAAGAGUUUAUCGAAGUCACACGUGCUCUUCUAUAUUUCCCUCUUCUUCUCGCAUAUUUUUAGCGUUAUAUCAUCGAAGCUAUCUCAUAUUCAUAUACUAUACUAGUUCAUUCGUGCUUUUACUCAUCGAUAAUUUUUAUAUAUAUAUAUUCUAUCAGUGAAUGAAUUUCACAAACUUGAUUUUUCAUCACUCACUUUGUCUGUUAUAGUCAACUGCACACCGUCAUAGUUAGGUAUUGAUCGUCUUUAGAUGAUUUUUCAAGAGUUUUUAUCGAUUGAAUGAUAUUUAAGAUUUAUCUAUUUAUAAGGAGAAUUUAUUAUGAGAGUUUUACAGUUAUUAUUGAUGUUGCCGAUGAUAAGAGAAAUAAAAUUUGUAAAUAGUCAUUAUACGAAUUGUCAAAACGACACACAUACAGAAAGAUAUACAUAUAUUAUUAUUAUAUUAUAUAAAUAUAAUAAAAGAAAUAUAUCGUAGCUUUAAUUUUAAAAGAUACGAUUUUUAAUUCUGUACUACUGUACACAAAAGAUGAUAUUUACAAAAGUAUAGUAGUAAAUUAUAAGUAAAUUAUAAGUUGAUAAAAAAUUUGUUUAUACACAUAUAUUAUAUACAUAAACAAGUGCGUAUAGCAUAUAUGUUUCCAUCCUUUAAUGCGUGAUAGAUUCGAUUAUCCAAAGGAUAAUUUUCAUCGUACAUGAGGGCUCGGGUAUCGCAGUGUUAAUAAUUAAUUUAAUAUCAUAUCUCACGAGAAAUUUGCGAAAUGCAAAUAAAACAUAGAUGCGUUAACUAUGCCAACCUCGAGUGAAAUCUAUUUAAAUGAAAACUGCGUGUUAUCGACACCAGGUCUCAAGACUGUAUCAUAAAUUUAGUUUAUUAUAUCCUGAUAUAUUUUUUUUUUUUUUUUUUUUUUUUCUUUCGAUAUAUAUUCCUCACUUCGUUUUAAUCAAUUCCUUACGUUUCUUAAUUAAAUUAUUAAUUUUUACUUUAUACGUGACUAGUGAAAUAACGUCCAUAUAAAACAUAGCGAAUUGUAAAUAAAUAUAUCGACACGAUUAAUCGUUUGUUUUAUAGUUCGUACUUAUGUUAAUCUUCUCUUUCACUUGGACUAAAUUUCUGGAAGAAGACAAACGCGCACAUAGAAUAAUAAAUGAACAUAUAAAAUCCGGCUUUUUCUUUCACAGAAUAGCGAAAUUUUGCGCAUCUAGAAAUAUUGUCGUUCUUCCAAAAAAUUGUAAUUGCGUACACGUAUAAGGACGAAUAUUAUCGAUAUCGAUACUGAAGAAGCAUCGACCACGAUUUUUAUUUAGAUAAGUUGAACGAUACAUUCCUACCACUAAUGUUCAUUCAAAAAUAGAACAAUUCUAUUUUUGCACGUAUGUAAAAGGGUUAAAGGUAUUACACUCUAAAUUUAAUUCAAUAUACGUGUAACGACGUCAGAAAAUAAAAUGUUACAAUCAUUAUAUUA